CCUUUGUUUUGCUUCUUGUUCUCCAAUGGCUUCUCAUUCGACGUUUCGGGUUCUUGUGCCGCUUGUUGUGGCAGUGAUGGUGAUGGCGAUGGCGGAUGCGACGCCGCCCGGGAUCGCUAAGAACCCGAGCCAUGCUUCGUGCAAGAUUAAGAAGUAUAAGCAUUGUUAUAAUUUGGAUCAUGUUUGUCCUAAGUUUUGCCCUGAUCAAUGUACUGUGGAAUGUGCAUCUUGUAAGCCUAUUUGUGGUGGUGAUGCUAGUCCUCCGCCUGAGGAUGAUCCUACUCCGGCUACCCCGUCUCCUCCGUCGGAUAAUUAUUACUCGCCUCCUCCUCCGGUGGUCGUAACUCCAAGCCCUCCUCCUUCAGAACCUACUCCUUCAUAUUCCCCGCCCUUGCCUUCACCGACACCGGUAACUCCUUCGCCUUCACCUCCGACAAACCCUACCCCUCCGUCAACACCUCCAACGCAUUCCUAUCCUCCGGAGAAUCAAAACCCUCCAUCAUCACCUCCGACAAGCCCUAAUCCUCCAACACCAUCUACUCCAUCGACACCUCCGGCGAGCCCUAACCCUCCGUCAACACCUCCAACGCAUUCCUAUCCUCCCGAGAAUCAAAACCCUCCAUCAUCACCUCCGACGAGCCCCAACCCUCCAACACCAUCUACUCCAUCGAACCCUAACCCUCCGUCAACACCCCCGACGCAUUCCUAUCCUCCCGGGAAUCAAAACCCUCCAUCAACACCUCCAACGAGCCCCAACCCUCCAACACCAUCUACUCCAUCGAGCCCUAACCCUCCGUCAACACCUCCGACGCAUUCCUAUCCUCCCGGGAAUCAAAACCCUCCGUCAAACCCUAACCCUCCGCCACAUUCCAACCCACCGGAAAAUCCCAACCCUCCAUCAACACCCCCGACGAGCCCCAACCCUCCAACCCCAUCUACUCCAUCGACACCUCCGACGCAUUCCUAUCCUCCGGGGAAUCCCAACCCUCCAUCAACACCUCCACCAUCUUCCUCAGCCGGCGCAGCCAAGAGAGUAAGAUGCAAAAACGCAAAUUACCCUCAAUGUUACAACAUGAUCCACACAUGUCCCAGCGCUUGCCCUAAUGGAUGUCAAGUUGAUUGCGUCACUUGCAAACCCGUCUGCCAUUGCGACAGACCAGGAGCAGUAUGCCAAGACCCACGUUUCAUCGGCGGCGACGGCAUAACCUUCUACUUCCACGGCCAAAAAGACAAAGAUUUCUGUCUUGUCUCCGAUCCCAAUCUCCACAUCAACGCCCAUUUCAUCGGAAAACGAAACCCGUCCUUAACACGAGACUUCACUUGGGUCCAAUCCCUCGGUAUCCUCUUCAACACUCACCGGCUCUUAAUCGCCGCGCAAAAAACCGCCGUAUGGGACGAUUCCAUCGACCGCCUCACAAUUGCCCUCGACGACGUCCCGGUGGCUCUCCCUGAAUCUGAAGGCAGCCAAUGGCAACACCCUACCGAAAACCCUACCAUCGUCAUCGUCCGGCUCGGUGCAGCCAACCACGUGAUGGUGGAAGCCAAAGGGCUGUUCAGAAUCACAGCCAAGGUGGUGCCAAUAACAGAAGAGGACUCGAGGGUUCAUAGCUAUGGAAUUGAUGAAGGGGAUUCAUUUGCACAUUUGGACGUAGGGUUUAAGUUUUUCGAGUUGAGCGGCGGAGUGAACGGCGUUUUGGGGCAGACUUAUGGCGCCGGGUAUGUGAGCAACGUGAAUUUGAAGGCGGCUAUGCCGGUGAUGGGUAGGGAGAAGGAGUUUGAAACUUCCAGCUUGUUUGCGGCCGAUUGCGCUGUUGCUAGAUUUGGCAGCGACGGGGGCGACGACGACGGCAAUGGCCAUGAAGAGGUAGCUUGAGGGUUCGAAUUUGAAGAGGAUGAGAAUAAGAUGUUUUGGCUUUGAUGGCUUGAAAAUUGGAAAUUAGAAGUCGGAAUUCUAUUGUUGUAUGAAUAAAGGCAUGGGAGGGAAGUGUGUUUAAGAUCCUCCAAUGGAGAUGCCAAUUUAAUUACAAGUAAUAUAUAA